UGCUGCUUCUGCUUUCUUCAGGCGGUCCAGAAAAUGUAGCUGUGUCAAUCAGUCCCUCCACUGCCUUGUCCAACGGGACACUCAUUGUCCAUCGGGGUUCCAGCGUCUCCUUCAACUGCUCCGGCUCGUCCUACCCGUCUCAGCAGCUGACCUGGACCUUCACGGGAGCUUCGUCCAGCAACGAGUCGCUGGCUUCAGGCUCCGGACCCUGGCUCAACCUCAGGAUAGAGGACAUUCAGCCCAGCGCUCAGGGACUUUACAGCUGCAGGGUCCACAACAACGUGUCUCAUCAGGCAGCCAACACGAGCACACAGCUGCUAGUUUACUAUGUCCCGGACAGACACCCUGAGUGUAUGUGGGCGCCAGCACAGGACGCCUCUCACAUCCACUUCAACUGCACCUGGUCCGGAGCGUAUCCCACCCCGACGCUACGCUGGGGGAAGGACGAGGGAGACCAAGGAGCGGGCUGGAAAGGGCACAUUUAUGCAUCGGAGGUGACGGACCACCUGUCAGUGAUGCUGAACCGCUCUGUGCUGGCCGACGGGGAGACGCUGAGGUGCAUGACCCAGCACCCGGCGGUCGCUGCGGGGAAAGAGAAGCAGUGUUCGUUUACCCUCAAGCCUCCGUACCCUGAAGGCGAGCCGAUGGUGACGGCGCUGGAGGCGACCAGCAUAACUCUGACCUGCACCGAGUCCGUGUCCAUCCCCCCCGCCAACACCACGUGGAGGAAAGGGCUCGAGCAGGAUUACAUUGUUCCAGGUUCGAAGUACAUCCUGUCUGAGCAAGGCCCCGUCCUCACGCUGACCAUCCUCAACAUCAGCAAGGACGACGAGGGUGUCUAUUUCUGCCGCAGCGAGAACCCCCUCGCCGUCCGCGUGCUGGAAGUCUACCUGACCGUGAAGACCUCCUCUGCGUACACAGGAGCCAUCAUCGGCGUCUUCAUCGCGGUGCUGAUCGUGGGAUCGGCCGCAAUCGUAGCCAAAACCAUUUACUCCAGCCGACACCGGAUUUGUCUGGGUAACUUCUCAUUUAUUUGCAUAACGAGCGCAGAAGUUACAAAUACAUGCAUCAAAAUCACUCUGCUCCAGUUAACCCUUUAACAUCUGGAUCAACAUCAUUUUCCUGUGAUGCAUUCAGAUGCAUUUAACAUGCAGUUAAACCUCUGACGACUGAGAAAAUUGGUUUUAUUUUCUUUUGAA